AGGAAGGCGGGGAUGAGGAGAGGUCGAGGCAGCUGGGAGAACGGUGUUGUGGCAGGGCUAAAACAGCGCUUCCCAAAGUGUGGUGCGCGCUAGGGCUGCGUAAGGAGAAAAAAAUAAUGUAUUGGCGGAAUUUAUGUUUCAUUAAAAUUUCAAACACAUCAUUAACUGCCAUGGUAGGCGGUGGCUGAGUGGUAGCGUGCUGGUCCCACAUUCACCGCGUGAUGGACGACGCGGGUUCGAAUCCCCACGCUACCACCUGGGAUUUUUCAGUCACCGCCGAGUGGCUUAAAACUACCCAUAAGCUGUUCUGAAGACCACCCAUCAACCCGGACUCUAGAGGAAACCGUCCAAGUGAAUCAAGAAGGAGUUCCGGGGGGCAGCAUGAGCAAAGAGAAGAUGGCGCCACGAUAAACACUUGCCUGCGCCAUGACGGGCUGGGGCCGAACACCACCCAGGACCCUCAAGAGAGCCUACCGGCGCUAUAGGUUGAGACGUUAAAAAAAAAAUGUUGUGAAAGUAACUUAUGCUGUACGCUUCGCCGGAGUUGUCUGUCCUUUGUUGAAACUUAUCCAGACUCUGAGCACAUUCAUCCUCCCCCGGUAGCUACAUUUUCGUUCAGUUUUGAUAGCCAUCGCUCACAGCCUCAUACUUUGCGAGCACAAAAUUCGUAAAAAAAUAAACAAAAUCUCAGGAAAGAAGGAAAGUUUCAUUUAGUGGGCCCAACAUCUGUGGUCAUAUGCCGGAGAGAGAGACAUAAGGGGAAGGAAUUAUAGGAGAAGGGAACAGUUGGAAAGUUUCGUUUAGUCGGCGCAACAUCUGUGGUCAUAUGCCGGAGAGAGAGACAUAAGGGGAAGGAAUUAUAGGAGAAGGGAACAGUUGGAAAGUUUCGUUUAGUCGGCGCAACAUCUGUGGUCAUAUACCGGAGAGAGAGACAUAAGGGGAAGGAAUUAUAGGAGAAGGGAACAGUUGGAAAGUUUCGUUUAGUCGGCGCAACAUCUGUGGUCAUAUACCGGAGAGAGAGAGACAUAAGGGGAAGGAAUUAUAGGAGAAGGGAACAGUUGGAAAGUUUGGUUUAGUCGGCGCAACAUCUGUGGUCAUAUGCCGGAGAGACACAAAAGGGGAAGGUAUUAUAGAAGGGAACAGUUGGAAAGUUUUGUUUAGUCGGCGCAACAUCUGUGGUCAUAUGCCGGAGAGAGACAGAAGGGGAAGGAAUUAUAGGAGAAGGGAACAGUUGGAAAGUUUUGUUUAGUCGGCGCAACAUCUGUGGUCAUAUGCCGGAGAAAGACAGAAGGGGAAGGAAUUAUAGAAGAAGGGAACAGACCCCAGGAGACGGGACACAACCCCCGAUUAAUACCUGGUACACUGCUGGGUGGACAGGGGCGUAGGGCAUCGGAAAAGCCCCCCAAAUUUUUCCACUCCGCCCGGGAAUCGAACCCGGGCUCUCUCGGUUGUGAGCCGAGUGUGCUAACCACUGCACCACGAAGCCCCCAUCCGCGCGUGGCCUCAGUGCUCCCCUCCGUCCCGUUGGCCCUUCCGAUAAGUGAGAGCCAACCAUUAAGAAACAUGACCCCCGCUGCUACCACCACCACCGGGUUGAAUUAUUCUUUCUGUUAUUUAAUUUACUCUCAAGGGAAGGUCACCACAUUACUUUUUUUAUAUAUUUUCGUCAUUAAAAGUUGAGGAGAGUUGAUCACCUUUGUAUUUAAUUUCCUGUUUGUACAUUUUGUGUUGAUAUUCGUAGGUAAGCACGCUAACCACUGCACCACGGAGGAGGAGGAUGACGAAAACAUGAUCUCGCAGUAUGGCAACGAUUACAGCCAGGUCGCUCUUUAGGGCUAUGUUGUAAUGGCGCACACACACACACACACACACACACACACACACACACACACACACACACACACACACACACACACACACACACACACAUACACACACGGAUAGCAUUUGAUUUUUGCUCAUUAGAUAUUUAUUUUUUUCAAGGUAGAUUUUUUCCGCAAUAUUAGUAGGAAGUGGAAUGGUGCACACACACACACACACACACAAACACACAGGAACGCGGAAAGAGAGGGCAGGUAUAUGGCUGUCGUGUGAGGAAGGAUGGGCCGAAAAUACAUCUAUGGGCCGAUGAAUAUAAUUAAGGGGUUGUUUAGGUGGAGGAAACCUUGGCCGAAAAAUACAGUUGACCCCCUAACGUUAACGGUGGCGGCGGCGUGUUCUCAUUUUCGUGUGCGUGUGCGUGUGCGUGUGUGUGUGUGUGUGUGUGUGUGUGUUUAUAGCAAAGGAGACAGCGCAAGGGCGUAAAAAAAAAAAAAAAAACAGUAAUAAUGAAAAAAAAGCCCGCUACUUACUGCUCCUGAAUAGAGUAGAGUGGCCAAAAAGAAAAAUCAAUUUCGGGAGGAGAGGUGUCCUGAUACCCUCCCCUUGAAAGAGUUCAAGUCGUGGGCAGGAGGAAAUACAGAUGAAGGAAGAUUGUUCCAGAGUUUACCAGCGUGAGGGAUGAAAGAGUGAAGAUGCUGGUUAACUCUUGCAUAAGGGGUUUGGACAGUAUAGGGAUGAAAGAGUGAAGAUGCUGGUUAACUCUUGCAUAAGGGGUUUGGACAGUAUAGGGAUGAAAGAGUGAAGAUGCUGGCUAACUCUUGCAUAAGGGGUUUGGACAGUAUAGGGAUGAAAGAGUGAAGAUGCUGGUUAACUCUUGCAUAUGGGGUUUGGACAGUAUAGGGAUGAAAGAGUGAAGAUGCUGGUUAACUCUUGCAUAAGGGGUUUGGACAGUAUAGGGAUGAAAGAGUGAAGAUGCUGGUUAACUCUUGCAUAAGGCGUUUGGACAAUAUAGGGAUGAGCAUGAGUAGAAAGUCGUGUGCAGCGGGAAGGGGGGAGGCAUGCAGUUAGCAAGUUCAGAAGAGCAGUCAGCAUGAAAAUAUCGAUAGAAGAUAGAGAGGCAACAUGGAGGCGAAAUUUAAGAGGUAGAAGACUAACAGUAGGAGGAGGAGCCUUCGAAAAUUCCUUGUAUAGUGUCUGGUGUUUAUAUUUAAGUUGACAAAUUUGACGCAACUAUACAGGAAAAGUCUUGUGUAUUUAGUGUGGCAUCGAAGACCUCACCAUUUUGGAUUGUAUGGGAUUCUAUAGUUUGGUUCGGGCUGUUAUAAAGAAACUGUGUUGGACUGUGAAAUCGGCUCUACAUUCCAGAGUUUACCUGCGUGAGGGAUGAAAGAGUGAAGAUGCUGGUUAACUCUUGCAUAAGGGGUUUGGACUCUAUCCUUACAUCUCUCUGUGCAUUCAUCUGUUUGUGUGUGUACCCCUCACUGUAUUUCCCUAAGUCUUUAUCUGCGUCAUAUUCUUAAACAUCUCAUUGUCCAGACACACACACACACACACACUUGACAAGGCUUUCGUAAGAGUUUCGAGCACUUCCAGGGGUAGUUUAUGACCCUGCUGGUAGUUUGACCCUUCUUCUAUACCGUGAACAUAAGAAACACACAUUUGACAAGGCUUUCGUAGGAGUUUGGGGAACUUCCAGGGGUAGUUUUAUGACCCUGGUGGUAGUUUGACCCUUCCUCUGCACCGUGAACCUAAGAAACACACAUUUGACAAGGCUUUCGUAGGAGUUUGGGGAACUUCCAGGGGUAGUUUUACGACCCUGGUGGUAGUUUGACCCUUCUUCUGUACCAUGAACCUUGAAAGACAUUCCUAAGAGCCCGAUUGAUCUCCUUUUCAGCCUUUCGGAAUAGUUGAUGUAGAGGCGGAAGCGUCUGAGAACAUCGGCUUAGGAUCUCCCGUGGCCAUGAGGGGAAGAAAGCUGUUCCUUAACGGCAUCGUUGCGGCUGUGCUCCUGCUGACGCUAGCACUCCUACACGGCGGGACUCUGCCGAGAGCGUGGGUGCCCGAGAGCAGCCGGACGCGGCCGCCUCAGGCUCGGCGGAGACGCGUCGAGGUCGCGCCGCCACAUCCCAGCGUGGCCGCAGGGAGUAGGGCGCCGCACGGUAAUAACUGUUCCGCCACGGCUCAGACUCACCUGGAGGAAGAGUUUGAGCGUCGGCGCCGCGCCCUACGUCGCGCGUGUUCCCGGCACGACGCGCGGGCCGCGUACCCGGACAUGGCCUGGCGGCAGAAGUACAGACACGUGUUGGCGGGGACGUUGACGCUCUUCAAGGUGCCCAAGGCCGGGUCCACGGCGGUGAAGGACUUCGUGUCUCGACUGGCGCAGCAGACUCCGGCGACGCCGCGGCCGCUGAGCGCAGUGGUGGUGCGGCACCCGCUGGCCAGGCUGGCCUCCACCUACAGAGACAAGUACCUGGGCGGCGCGCCGCUCUUCCAGUACGACGCCGCGUGGCGCAAGGCGUCGCAGAGCAGCGAGGAGUGGGGCUGGCGGUUCGCCAAGUACUGGCUGCCGGCGCUCGUGUCCACCGGGGCUCUGGAGCAAAGUCGCAAGUUUAAUGAAACAUCGGACAAGAUUAGAAGAGCGUACAAGAUUUACAUGAACCAUUACGCCAGUCAGACAGGAGCUCUCUUGGCCAGGCCAUCAAGCAAUGAAGAACUAUUUUAUGGUGGGGCAGAAAUGUUCACCGCCCACCAGAUGUUGUCGUCUGGCAUUUCUACGGCCUUCGUCAAGACGUUCGGGAGUGGUAGCUAUGACCUGCAGGACCUGGCGACGCGGUUCGGGAACACGUCGUUCACCUUCAGCCAGUUCCUGCGGCACGUGGUCUGGACGCAUGACGCGGGCGUGGCGGACGAGCACUGGAUGACGUACACCGAGGCGUGCGAUCCGUGCCGGGUGAAGUUCGACUACAUCCUGAAGCUGGAGACGAUCCAGGAGGAGGUCCAGCACCUGUUCUGCGGCGUGCUGGGCUUCCAGGGCGAGGCGGGCAGCUUCCCGGUGAGGCACCGCAGCCACGGCCACGCCCUCACCCGCUCAGACCGGGAGCACUACGCCAGCGUGAGCACGGACCUGAUGCGCCGACUGCUGGGCAUCUACAGGCACGACUUCGCCAUCUUUGACUACAGCCAAGGCCUGUAGUGCGUGAACGAAUGGACUGGGACUCGUGUUGUCAAACGUUUGGGGCUCUUGUUGGGACCGUCUGGGAGGAGGCACGUCACGAGUGUUGUCAAACCCCGACAACAUGUGCGAGGGUCUCAUGAAGUAGAGUUUGAUCAUGUGGGAAAAAAAAGUUUCGUAUAGUUGGCGCAACAUCUGUGGUCAUACGCUGGAGAGAAACAGAAGGGGAAAGAAUUAUAGGAGAAAGGAACAGUUGGAAAGUUUGGUUUAGUCGGCGCAACAUAUGUGGUCAUAUGCCGGAGAGAGACAGAAGGGGAAGGAAUUAUAGGAGAAGGGAACAGUUGGAAAGUUUCGUUUAGUCGGCGCAACAUCUGUGGUCAUAUGCUGGAGAGGGACAGAAGGGGAAGGAAUUAUAGAAGGGAACAGGUGGAAAGUUUGGUUUAGUCGGCGCACCAUCUGUAGUCAUAUGCCGGAGAGAGACAGAAGGGGAAGGAAUUAUAGGAGAAGGGAACAGUUGGAAAGUUUGAUUUAGUCGGCGCAACAUCUGUGGUCAUAUGCCGGAGAGAGACAGAAGGGGAAGGAAUUAUAGGAGAAGGGAACAGUGUGUGUGUGUGUGUGUGUGUGUGUGUGUGUGUGUGUGUGUGUG